AUGGUAGGUCACCUACAGCUGCAAGGGAUGGACGAGAGCCUGAAGGAGAAGAGCCGGGAAGGCUUGCUGGACAGCCCGGACUCGGGGCUGCCCCCCAGCCCCAGUCCCCCUUUCUACUCCCUCUCGCCCGGUGACGGCCGAGCUGGGGGCAGCGGCGGUGCGGACCCUCCGGCCCCGGGGCACCGGCGAGAGGCCAAGGACGGCAAAGUGAUGCCUUACCUGCUCCUGAACCCAUCCAUGCAGGAAAUGAGGCCUCGAAUGUACCCUGUGUUUUUUGGAGAAAGCAUUGAGGUCAGCCCUGAGCCCGUGCAGGAAAUCAGGUGCAAUUCCGAGGUGAAGUACGACUCCGAGAAGCAUUAUCGGGAUGACAUCUUCUACGGCCCCAUACCCACCGUCACCACCUACAGUGAGACAGUCAUUGCUGCUCCCAAUUGCACCUGGCGGAACUACAAGUCCCAGCUGAUCUUUGAGCCCCGCCAGAAGCCACUGAGGUUUCAGAGCACAACCAUCAUUUUUCCUAAGCGUGCCAAGAACAUUUACCGGACCACCCUCAACUACAGCUUGGGUUGUGCCAAGCGUUGGUUUGCUUCCAGCGUGCAGCUGGAACUCUGCGAGGAAACCAGCCCAUGCGUCAUCUACAGCGAGACCCUCUGA